CACAGUCCAGAGUUUCUGUGCAGCACAAAGAGCUCAGGCCUCCUCUCCUCUCCUGCUGCAGACAAACGACACACAACUUGGACCCAGUCUGAACAACUGCUGAGCUUUUACUCUUAAAAGACAUAAGAUCAGAGCACGUGGGUUGGUUUUCUUCGAGUUAAACUGUAAAGACAAGCUGGUUUGAGGCUCCUACAGGUGAAGAUCUUCUGCAACAUUUACACCCAAACGGCACCUGAUUAUGUCCCAAGACUUGGACCCUUACAUCUUCACCUCCAACAGUCUCCCCAAUGACCCCCGCUUCCUCCCACCCCUGGCGAAUGGGCUGCUGGGCUGGAGGGUGUACAACGAUAUCAUGCACAUGGGUGGUGUUUACAACGGGGAGGGGGGACAUUGCCACAGAGCUGAUGUCCCCUGUCCUCUAGCUGUGAAGGUGGAGACAGAAGACCCUGCCCAACAUAGCUACACUUUGGACACCCACACAGGCAUUUUCACGCACACUCUAACCUCAGCCAGUGUAAACAUCUCACAGUCGUUGUACUCUCACCGGUUCUACCCCAACAUCAUGGUGAUGGAGGUCCUGCUGGCACGUCAGGUGACCUCAGCAGAGCCAGUCACAGUUCAUCUGGACAGUUCCUUCACUCCUCAGAGCAAAGAUAUUGUUUUUGAGUGUGGUCCUGACUACAAGGGCGCAAGACAUAUUCAAGGACAGACCACCACGGCUGAAUUCCCAGGAGGCUCCUGCCCCACAGUGCAUCUCAUCUGGACCCCUGUACCCCCCACUGUGACGCUGCUCCCUAAGCAGCCCCAGGCUCGCUGGGGUUUCAUCCUGGUUGUGGCCAACAGCUUGGAUGCUGCAGAGGCUUUUUACGACGAGGGCUUGAGGCUGAUGGCGACCGGCGACCUGCGUCCGUCUCAUGAAAAGGCCUGGAAAGAGCUGUGGCUGCAGAGCCAGGUGGAGGUGACUGGCUCCGAGAGCCUGUGCAAGGCCCUGAUCGGCUGCUUAUUCUACCUUCUCAGCGCUUGCCCUUCCAUCCACGACACCUCCAGCUCGUUUGGAGGCAUCAGUCCAGGCGGGCUCUCUAAUGGAGGGGACGGUCAGGAUUACUGGGGCCAUGUGUUCUGGGAUCAGGACAUCUGGAUGUAUCCCGGGAUAGCGUUGUUCUACCCCAAGCUGGCCCGAGCCGUGCUGGAGUACAGAGUGGGGACUGCAGAUGGUGCAAGAGACAACGCCCGAAAGCAAGGCUACAUGGGACUGAAGUUCCCCUGGGAGAGCGCUGUGUCGGGGAGAGAGGUGUGUCCAGACGACGUUUAUGGACAACAAGAGAUUCACAUCAACGGGGACGUCACGCUGGCGUUCCAGCACUAUCUCUACCUGACUGAGGAUCUGUCCAUGUUCACAGAGGGGAGAGGCAGUGAGGUGGUCUUUGGGGUGGCUGAUUACUGGAUUUCCAGGGUCACAUGGCAACCCCAGGACCAGACGUAUCAUAUCUUAGGCGUCAUGCCACCCGAUGAAUAUUACUCUAAUAUCAACAACUCAGUGUACACAAACGCAGCGGCCAAACUCAGCUUGCAGUUUGCUGUGGAGUUAGCAGCUCUCCUCCAACAUCCUGCGCCAAAAGAAUGGCAAGAAGUGGCCCAACGUAUCAAGAUCCCUUUUGACCCGGAGUCCCAGUACCACCCUGAGUUUGACGGCUACAUUAAAGGUCAGCCGGUGAAGCAGGCGGACACGGUGAUGCUGGGUUAUCCUCUCGGCCUGCCAAUGUCCGCAGAGGUCAGGAGGAAUGAUCUCGAAGCCUACGAGCCCGUAACGGACCCAAAAGGUCCCGCCAUGACAUGGGGAAUGUUUGCAAUCGGUUGGCUGGAGUUAGGAGAAGCUGAAAAAUCUCAGCAUUUACUUGAAAAGUGCUUCGAGAACAUCCAAGGGCCGUUCCAGGUUUGGAGUGAAUCAUCAGACGGCUCUGGAGCUGUGAACUUUCUCACAGGCAUGGGAGGAUUUCUGCAAGCUGUGCUGUUCGGUUACACCGGUUUCAGAGUUCAGAAGGGAUGCCUGGCCUUUUCCCCACUGCUUCCUGAUGACAUCUGUGAGCUUUGUGUUCGUGGCGUUAACUACCUUGGCAGUCAGAUGGACUGGCUGCUCAGGAAGGAAGAAGUCUGCAUCAUAGUCAGGGAAAAGGGAAGAUGUGCUCAAAACACUAAAUCCUUUAAAUUAGAAGUUGUCUUGAAGACGUCUGGAGUUAAAAUCCCUCUUACACCAGGGCAGCCGGUAACUUUUCCCCGAGAGCCCGGCUGUGUUCGGAAAAUGGAGUCCACGUCUUCCUGCUGGCCUCUUUGAACCAGGAUCCAGAUUGAGUUUUCCAUUUCACAAUUUUACUUUGUCUACAAAAAUACAGUUAAGUUGUAUAUUUAUGAACAAAUGUUGACUUCUUCUGUUUCAGUAGGUGCAAGGUCAAUUUACGUUAACGUGUUUACUGUGCCUGCUAAUAACGCACAUGGUGAUGUACAGCUUGAUUUAGAAACUGUGAGACAA